CUGUAAUCCUGACUCCUCUUGCAGGCUCUUCUCCCACUCACCGCAUGGUCAGUAUGUAAAUGCUUACUAUGUGGAUGUUAUAAUUGCGAAGGAAGGCCUGCGCCUGUAUUGGUUCGACGAUGGAUCCGUCUCCUUUGCCCGACUGAAUGCAUUUUCUGUCGCGAAUUUCGGUCGCAUCCUCGGAGCCAUGCUAUUCGGAUAUCAUCAGACCAAGGAAGAGGAAUCGGCGAGCGACCUGCUGCCGUCCGAUGAGGGUUGCGUCGGGGAAAUCGGCAGACCUCCUUCACGGCUACAUGCCCGCGCAUCCAAGGUUCUUCACUGGGGGGCAGGCGGACUGCUAUUUCUCUGGUUCGCCGCGACUUUUUGGGCAGCCUGCUUGACGCUGUGGCCAGUGAGGGAUGGCGAACUUCUUAUAGCAGAAGACCACUCACUCAAUGUCCCUACCUUUGACUAUGAGAUAUGGGAAUUCAGUCUGACAACAGACUACACGCCAAACUGGGACAACCUUACUACAGACGCGGAGGCAGACGCGGAGAUGGACAGGCUGAAAGCGGCGUGGGACAGGUUAAUGCCAGUCGGGCGAGGAGUCAUCUACUCGACGAAGAAUUUGGAUAUGCUCCCGCCUGGGCGAGUGCAUCAUGACGACGGCGAUAGGGGUGUCCACUCGGUGGCCGUCUACCACGAGCUCCAUUGCCUUUUCUCCAUCAUGACGGCUUUCCACAACUCAAUCAUCGGUCGCCAACCACACCUGGAACACAUACGCCAUUGCUUCGAGUACCUGCGACUGGCGCUGAUGUGCUACGGGGAUACCACGCUGGAGGGCAUCAACGACGUCACGCUCAACUUUCAGCACGAUGGCGGUGCUGCCAAGGCCGGCUCGAGACACGUCUGUAAGAACUAUGAUCAGGUGUACGACUGGGCACAACAGCACAGGGCCGACAAUGUCGCAGGCAUUGUUCAUGAGAGGCGGUGAUCCCAAGCUAGGACAAGUAGAAAGUGAACCAGAGACCCUGGUUCUGUCUUGGACGUUUUUGGGGUGGAUGGAACAGUGGAUGGAGCAAGCAAGACAUGCAGCCACCGUUACC